ACCGCCAGCGAAUCACGUGACUUCCCCUCCCCUUCUCCCCUCUCCACUCCAUCGUCAAGGAAGGAACACGGCCCUAACUAAACCCUAGCUAAGGGAAGGGAAACAAGACCAUGGAUGCCUCCAAGCUCCGCGAGCUUCGCGACUUCGUCGAGGCGUGCAAGAAGAAUCCUUCGCUCCUCGCCGACCCCAACCUCUCCUUCUUCCGGGAUUACCUCCAGAGUUUGGGUGCCAAAAUUCCCGCCGCCGCCCCCUCUUUCGAAAGUCCCAAGAGAUCUUCCAUGGACGACAUUGAUGACGACGGUGAUGACGACGACGAUUUGGAUAUGAGGGAUCCCACUCCUGAGCGAGACGAGCUCGAUGAAGAGAUUGUUGAGUCUGAUCUUGAGCUCGAAGGAGAAAUUGUACAGUCUGACCAUGAUGACCCACCACAGAAGAUGGGAAAUCCUUCAGUGGAGGUGACUGAGGAAAACCGUGAUGCUUCCCAAGAAGCAAAAGGCAAGGCUAUGGAAGCAAUUUCUGAAGGAAAACUUGAAGAUGCUAUUGAACACCUUACCAACGCAAUAGUGCUGAAUCCACUCUCAGCAAUCAUGUAUGGUACUAGAGCAUCUGUGUUUAUAAAAAUGAAGAAACCAGCUGCUGCCAUUCGUGAUGCCAAUGCUGCUCUAGAGAUCAACCCAGACUCUGCAAAAGGCUAUAAAACUCGUGGAAUGGCAUAUGCCAUGCUUGGCAAAUGGGAGGAAGCUGCUCAUGAUCUGCACACAGCAUCUAACAUGGAUUACGACGAGGAGAUCAAUGCUGUGCUCAAGAAGGUGGAGCCUAAUGCUCACAAGAUAGUGGAACAUCGCAGGAAGUAUGAGAGGUUGAGAAAAGAGAGGGAGGAAAAGAGAGCGCAGCGUGAUCGGCUUCGUCAACGUGCAGAGGCGCAGGCUGCUUACGACAAGGCCAAGAGGAAGGAGCAAUCGUCAAGUCGCUCAUCAGGAGGUGCAUCUCCCAGAGGCUUUCCUGGAGGGAUGCCUGGUGGUGGUUUCCCUAGAGGGAUGCCCGGUGGAGGUUUCCCCGGGGGUGGCAUGCCUGGGGGUUUCCCUGGGGGUGGCAUGCCUGGAGGUUUCCCUGGUGGUGUUCCCGGUAAUGUUGAUAUGAGUAAAAUCCUGAAUGACCCUGACCUGAUGGCAGCAUUCAGUGACCCAGAGGUCAUGGCGGCUUUACAAGAUGUGAUGAACAAUCCUGCCAACUUUGCUAAGCACCAAGCGAAUCCUAAGGUGGGCCCUAUCAUCGCAAAGAUGAUGGCCAAGUUCAAUGGGUCCCAGUGAUGGUUAUGUCGCAGUCAGGUUUUGUGAGCAGCAAGCAAAGGUUUGUUGGACAGUGAACAGGUGUUCUUUUCGUGCAUCUGGUCUGGGAGUGUGUUUAGCUUGUGAUGAAGAACAUGAGUGUGUGUGUUGGUCGUGGUGCAUCUGGAGGUGCGAUGAGCAUGUGAUGAAAAAAAAACCAAACGGCUCUAUGGUGAUGUAUGCAAAAAGUUGCUUUCGAACUUGAUUUCUCAAUUCACAGAUGGUUUGACAGUUUCUUGAAUUA